UUAAACAACUUCAGAGAUGAUUGAUCUGCACUAAUCUUGAUUGUAAAGGAAGAGAAAUUGUUUGGAAGACCAGUUAGGGCAUUAUUAUAUUGUCUAGUAAAAGUUAAUAAGAUCUGCACAAGGCUGGGAAGAGUAGGACUAGAACAGAGGGGUGGAUUUAAAGGACAUCAUGUAGUGGAAAUUUCUAGGAUUUAGAAUCUGAUUGGAGAGGAAGAAGAAAGGGAGGAGUUAAAAAUAACUGUAAAGAGCCAAAUCUGAGAACUGACCCUGCUAAAAAAGUCAGACAAGUCAAGUGGUGCAGCUGGUGUGUGCUAGAAAGUAAGUUCAGCUUUACUAGCAGUACAUGAAUGUGUGUAUGUUCCCUAAUGGAUAGUGGAAAGUAUGAAAUUGAAACUCAGAAUAUGACCUGGAAUAUAGACUUGGGACUCAUUAGCAUCAAGGAAAUAGUGAAGAUGUAGGAACAGAUAUGAAUGCCAAGGGAGAAUAUGGAAGAGAAGAUGGCCAAGGACAAGACUCUAGGGAGAAGUUCUACUUUUAGGUGAGUCUGUUGAAAUAGUGAGGUCAGAGUAGAAGUAAGAGAACUUAACAUCAUAAAAGACUGGGGAAGAUAGAGUGUGGAGAAAGGAGGAGCAGUAAUAUCCAUGGAAGCAGAGAGAAUAAAAGGCCAAGCUAUGAUAGCAACUGGUGGAGUGAUAACUGGCCUGGCCGCCUUGAAAAGGCAAGACUCUGCCAGAUCACAGCAGCAUGUCAACCUCAGCCCGUCUCCUGCUACCCAAGAGAAGAAACCCAUCAGGCGCCGGCCCCGGGCAGAUGUUGUGGUUGUUCGUGGCAAAAUCCGGCUUUAUUCCCCAUCUGGCUUUUUUCUUAUUUUAGGAGUGCUCAUCUCCAUUAUAGGAAUUGCCAUGGCCGUUCUUGGAUAUUGGCCCCAAAAAGAACAUUUUAUUGAUGCUGAAACAACACUGUCAACAAAUGAAACUCAGGUCAUUCGGAAUGAGGGUGGUGUGGUGGUUCGCUUCUUUGAGCAGCAUUUGCAUUCUGAUAAGAUGAAAAUGCUUGGCCCAUUCACCAUGGGGAUUGGCAUUUUCAUUUUCAUUUGUGCUAAUGCCAUUCUUCAUGAAAACCGUGACAAAGAGACCAAAAUCAUACACAUGAGGGAUAUCUAUUCCACAGUCAUUGACAUUCACACGCUAAGAAUCAAGGAGCAAAGGCAAAUGAAUGGCAUGUACACUGGUUUGAUGGGAGAAACAGAAGUAAAACAGAAUGGGAGCUCCUGUGCCUCGAGAUUGGCAGCAAAUACGAUCGCCUCUUUCUCGGGUUUUCGGAGCAGUUUUCGAAUGGACAGCUCCGUGGAGGAGGAUGAACUUAUGCUAAAUGAAAGUAAGAGUUCUGGGCAUCUUAUGCCCCCUUUGCUCUCUGAGAGCUCUGCGUCUGUCUUUGGCCUCUAUCCACCUUCUUCCAAGACAACUGAUGAUAAGACCAGCGGUUCUAAGAAAUGUGAAACCAAGUCAAUUGUGUCAUCGUCCAUCAGUGCUUUUACAUUGCCUGUGAUCAAACUUAAUAACUGUGUUAUUGAUGAACCCAGUAUAGAUAACAUCACUGAAGAUGCUGACAACCUCAAAAGCAGGUCAAGGAAUUUGUCAAUGGAUUCCCUUGUGGCUCCUUUGGCUGACACCAGUGAAUCCUUCCAGCCCGUCAGCACGGUGCUACCAAGGAAUCAUUCCAUCGGGGAGUCUUUGUCGAGUCAAUACAAGUCAUCCAUGGCUCUCAGACCUGGGACUGGACAGCUCUUGUCUCCUGGGGCUGCCAGAAGACAGUUUGGGUCCAAUACAUCGUUGCAUUUGCUCUCAUCACACUCAAAGUCCUUAGACUUAGACCGGGGUCCCUCCACUCUGACUGUUCAGGCAGAACAACGGAAACAUCCAAGUUGGCCUAGGUUGGAUCGGAACAACAGCAAGGGAUAUAUGAAACUAGAGAACAAAGAGGACCCAAUGGAUAGGUUGCUUGUGCCCCAAGUUGCCAUCAAAAAAGACUUUACCAAUAAGGAGAAGCUUCUUAUGAUUUCAAGAUCUCACAAUAAUUUGAGUUUUGAACAUGAUGAGUUUUUGAGUAACAACCUAAAGCGGGGAACUUCUGAAACAAGGUUUUAAUGUUAAAAGAAUAUAUCAUUUUACAAGGGUAUAUAUUUUAAAACGAUUUUCACUGGUGUUUCCUUCUUAAAGCACUGGCUAUAAGCCUUUUUAAUCAAAUGGUUUGUAGUGUAUUAGAAUUGGCUGCUUAGUUCGUAAUGAAGAUGGUUGUAUGUUUGGGUUACUUGUGACUGCAGUACUCUAUGUUAUCACAUAUGAUUUUAUUUUUCUCUUCCUUUGAAAGCAUGAUCUCUUUUAUUAAUAUGAAUGCAAAAUAGUUGCAUCCAAAUUAAAGCUUAUUUUCUUUACUUUUAAGUUCUUUGAUUGCCCUAUUCAUAAAAUGAAGUGUCCAGUGUGGAAAACAGAGGGUACUAAAGUGUGGACCAGGAGUACAAAUUCAGUCCCAAUACUCAAUACAUAUUAUAGAAGACUAUGAGUGCAAACCUUAGGAUGUGAUUUUCUGAAUAAUUGUUCUUUGUAGGAUUUGGUUAAAUUAUUUAAACUGAAGAAGAUCUAGUUUCGGUGUGAGCUCAAUAAUGUUAAUUGGUUAAGUUCAUUGUGAAUCUUGAGUUUUAGAUAGGUAGUAUUUUUUUCAAUAUCACUUCUGUUUUUAGUGGUAUUAUAUCAAGAAACAAUGUAUUCAAGAGCCAUGGCUGACAGUGCCAGAUAUACUUAGGAAUAAACAUCAAAAUGCAAUAUAGUAGCUAUAACUUUAGAUAUUCAGAAUCAAAAUUUAUUUGCAAGCUGACUUGAUAAAAUAAAUGAACCAAUAUAAUUUGUAGAAAUGCUAUCUUUAAAUAAUUAUAUACAUGAAGACGAUGUUGACUAAUGAAUGAAGAUACAUUAUAUACUAGUUAAUGCUAACUAGUCUCAGUACUUUUUUUUAGCCCUCUGUUACCUUCCAAUAGCCCCUCAUUCCCACAUUCUAUUUUCCCCCAAUGUGCUUUAGAUCCUGGUAUUUGGAAAACAACCAGCUAACCUUGACAUUUCUUUUUACCUUCACAUGCCACUAGCUUGGUAGUUCAAAAAAAAUUUAGUUCUUGAUAAAUUGCCUUGAAGUUUACCUUGUGCUGGAAAGCCUUAUGAUAACUCCAAAGACUUUCUCAUGGUAUAAUACAUGUUGUUUAGGAUUGUGUUUCUUAGUUACUGAAGAUAAUAAAUAUUAAAGUGGAUGUUUUCCUCAGAAAAUUUUCAUGUUUUCCUUUAAGGUAACAUACUUGUAAGAAUUGUUUAAGAAAAUACUCAGGAAAUUCUAAAGGUUUCUCCCAAUACCUAAACAUUUCUGAACAUCAGUAUUGCAGUUGUGGAAGAGCAGGAGGAGAAUACAUUUGUUUGUGUUGCUCCCCAAAAUUCCACCUUGCGUUUGCAUCACAAACGUCCCUCAAUUGAGGCAGUUUUAUUUGUUAGAACAUUAAACCUGUGUAUUGUAAUAGAGUGGGCUUAAUAUUUUACUAUAAAGCAUUUAAUAAACUUCUGUUAUUAAUAGAAGUUUGUGUUCUUCACACCUUUGCUAUUGCUUUUUAAAUAAAAUGUACAUUUCUGCUUAAA